GCCUAGGACUUGAUAUUGUGUUCUGCAAUGUUUCAUGCGGGUAUACGACACAGAGUUCGCUCUUUUGCGCUCAGUCUGAGCUUUCUCGGUGCGGCAACUGUCCGACACUCGUCGACUGCAUACCUUCUCCGGACACCGCCCUCCUCUGCUCCCCGCGAAGUUCCUACCCCCUUAGUCUUUGUGUCCUCGAGCUCCUGGGACCCUCACUCGAAAACUGGGUUCGGCUCGCUGGCAACCAUGCUCACAGCGCGCGGGUUCACCUGUCUGGAGAUUGACUUAGCUCCGCCGGAGAGAGCUGAUACAUCGGAUGCACUUAUGCGGCACUUCGAGGCAGAGCUGUCCUCGCACAUCCGUCUCACGAUGAUCCCGUUCGCACCCAUCAUCUUCGCCAGGGGUUCGGGUGCAUUAAUCGCACAAACAUACAUCUCUUCUCACCCAGCCUCCGGCCUGCUACUCAUCUCGCCGCCGGUCUCCAACGCCACACUCAAGUCAUCGUCAGAGGCAGACGGCAACGCGCCCUUGCCGACCGCCCUCCCGGAAUUCAAUUUCGAGCCUAGGUUCCCGUGCGCCAUCCUGUGCACACAGCAAGAAACUAAGGCGCUCGCCGAGAACAGGCUAUGGAAAGACGAGAACGUCAGCAAGCUGAUCGCAAGGAACGAGCAAACCCUGGAUGGUCAAGAAGGUUUCGUCAAGAUUGAGCAGUGGCUGGAUGAGGUUGGCGUGUGAUGUUACGGCGAGGAUGGACGAUGCAUUGCGAUGCCCGAAGCUUCGUGUGUGCAUGUGAUAUAUGAACUCUACCCACAUAAGCUCCGUGUUCAAUCAGCAUCUAACGAAGAUGACCUCUGCAUACUAGAUCCGCG